CAGAUGCUUUGGGAAUCAUUUGUUCUCAAAGUUUAGAUUCGUUUUUAAAAAUUUUUUUGAAAGGAUUCUAUCUUCAAAAUGCAUCUCAAGAAUUAAGCCUUCCUCUGUUUAAAAAAGAAAAUGUGCUUUUGGUAACUGGAAAAUUUCGUACUAUUGACCAUAUAGAUGAGA